CUACACUAGAACAGCAUGGCUGUGCCUACGACCUUUGAGGAAGCCAGACUUCAUCUACAGCAGAUCCAGCGUGAUCCUUCUACCAAGCUGGAUACUAACAUCAUAGAUAAGCUGAAGUUAGAACUGACGGAGAAUACGGACCGCAAUGUCCCCGCCACUCUACUGAUACAGAUCUCGGAGCUCUUGCCGGUGCUUCAGGAAGAUCCUACCCCUCUCACAACGCUCGCAAUCAAAGCUGCAGGGUAUCUCUCAUUUAGCGAUCUCCGUGCUGUUGACCCUUCUAUUAAUUUCAUCGCGGGAUUCAAAGCGCCCUCCCCACCAGUUAACCUCUUGGCCUUGUCAUUGUUGAGCAAAGCGGGUAGAGUCCCGAGUGAUGCUGCCAUUGUCGCGGGGGACUCUGAGCUCGUCGCAUCCCUGGUAGAGCUUUGGCUGUCGACUUCGUCUACCGCUGUCGCUCAAGCGGCGUUAGACACCAUUUGGACCUUGUUGGAGAUCGAUCUCGCUAGUCCGCUGGAGCUUGGCGAGCAUGAGCCUGAUGGAACAACUGCUGGUCAAGGUCUGUUUUGGAGAAGAAUCUUCACGGAUAAAGAUGUCUAUGGACUGUUGUUCUCCAUAUGCAGUCUCGAGGAUAAUGGGCCUGGAGGCAUCUCGAAGCGAGACAAGACAGUGGCUCAAGGGAGGUUGAUGGGCUUCCUCGUGAAGGCAGGGCAACUGCGCUGGGACAUCAUCUCAAGUUCUCAAGUCGCAGAUGUGGAAACCAAGUACCAGAGCGACAGCCUUCUUCACUUUGUCGCCUGCAGGAUGGUUGACCGGGGCGAUGUGUUGAUGCACAUGACUCUGAUCAACUUCUUCCAUGACCUGCUGGCCAUCGACGCCCCGGGUCUCAUGGCCCGAAUGACCGUACAAUCCGCGUCUACCUUCUCCUCGCCAGCGCUUGACUUCCUCAUCUUAAACGAUAUACACACUACUUUGUUGGAGUUCUACCUCGAUGAGUCCAAACUGGACUCUAUCGACCUGGCCUAUCUUUGCGGUCCAAUCAUGUCCUACGUGGCACAGUACGCUGAACUGUACCCCAACCACCUUUUGCAGAAUCCUCGACAUCUGCUAGACCGCAUUGUAUCUCGCGUCGCUGCAUCUGUGGCAAUUUCGUCCGCUCAAUGGGCGCAUGGGCCCGUCCCCAGCGGACAAUUGAACGUGCUUUCCUGCUUGCCUCGAGUCUUGCUCGUGGAAGCCAGCAAGCAAGUCCUGAACGCGGUGCUAUCUGUUCCCAGUAGUCCCCCGAAUAAGGAGGCCCUCGACGUGCUCGCCAAGGUCUUUCAUGGCCCGGUCAAACCCGAUCUGGCUGACUCGAUGGAGCUGAACACGUCCGGCCAAACCCCAACCGACUGGCACCAAGAAGCAGCGGCCGCUCGGGUCCUCUACUUCCAAUACACGAAUCAGCACACUGGAUUCUGGACAGAUGUUGUCGCGACCGCCGACAUCCUCGCUAUGAAGGAUGUCUCCUUGGCCGCUAUGUCACUUAUGAAAGCGAUCAUUACCGCCAAUUGGCAGGUCUUGCCGGCUGAAGUGCCGACCUCUGCUCCUGGCCAUACCAGGUAUCAGCUCCCUACUGAACAAAGCCUGGAGACUCUUUCUCCAGCGGCACAGGGCGUUCUUCCGUCAAGUGGUGCCUGGGCCGCUCUGACACCACCGGCUCUUACAGUCCUACUGCCAUACCUUUUCAAACCUCCGCGCUCAUAUUCCGAAUUUGUUGGAGGCGGUGCCGCAGAUCCACAGAACGCGGUAUGGAAGGUGGCAACUGCGAAGCAUGAGGUGCUGGUCGCUUUGUAUGACGGUUUGAAAGAGAGCGGCGGACAGAUGGCUGGGUUCGACGAUAUCAUGCGUACACUCCGUCAACGCGUCAACGAGGGCCCAUGGGGGCCAACCACUCAACAUGGCAACCAAGUUGCAACUGUCGGGCUGUAAUAGGUACUUCUGCUAUUUUCUUCUUCGUUUCAGUGGUUCUCGGAAGCAGACUUAGUUAUU